CAACCCGCUCACCCAGCUCGCACCUAAAACCCUCCCCCAUUUUCAUGUUCCUCCUCCGAGCCACCACCACCACCUCCUCGCUCCUCCUCCGAUGCCACCCGCUCCCCUCGCCUAAAACCCUAGCCCUCGCCCCGCCUCCCCCUCUCCUCCCCUACCGCAUCCGCCCCCGCCUCUCCUCCUCCUCCUCCGCGGCUUCCCCCGCCUCGCCCCGCCGCCGAGCGACAGCGACCGCCGCGGCGAAAUCCGGCGAGAAGAAGCCGCCGACCGCGAGAGCGAAGCGGGCUGGCGUGGUGCCUGCACCAGCUGCGGUGGCGGCGGCAAUGUCGUCCUCCGGUGGCAAUGGAGGGAAGCGCACCGUGGCGGACGUGCUGAUGGGGAACGCGCGGGCCGCCGCCAGUAAGGCGAAGAAGGCGGCGCCGUCCCCGAAGAAGCCCCGGACGCAACCCGCCGCGCAGGCCGACGGCGCGGAGGCCGAACCGGAGGCCGCGGCGCCUGCGCCGGCGGUGAAGCCGCCGCCUUCGCCGGUGAGGUCCAAGCGGGCGUCGUCCCCGGCGAAGUCCUCCAAGUCGCCGUUUGACGGGGCGGCUGGCGAGAAGAAGAGGUCCACGUCGCCGACGAGGUCCAAGGGUCUAGCCGCGGCCGCGCAAUUGGAGGAGGUGAAGGAGAAGUCUCCGUCGCCGAAGAGGUCAAAAACCCUAGCAGCCAAAUCCGACGCCAAGCCUUCCAAUGAAGGCGUUAUCUCGGAGUCUGAUGGGAAGAAGAAGAGGUCGCCGUCGCCCACCAAGGCUAAAGGCCAAACUUCCCAACCCGAGGAGAAGAAGCGGCCCUCGUCACCGAAGAGGGUCAAAACCUUGGAUGCCCCGAAGUCUGAGGAGAAGAAUGAUGGGAAGAAGAAGAGGUCGCCGUCACCCACCAAGGCUAAAGGCCAAACUUCCCAACCCGAGGAGAAGAAGCGGCCCUCGUCACCGAAGAGGGUCAAAACCUUGGAUGCCCCGAAGUCUGAGGAGAAGAAUACUACCCUAGAGCUGAAGAAGAAAGGCACUGAGUUUGAUCCGGUGGCUGCUGCCUAUUGGAGGCCUGGUGAGCCCGUGCCGUUCCUCUUCCUGGCCCGGGCACUUGAUCUCAUCUCCAACGAGAGUGGCCGGAUUAUCAUUACAGAGAUCCUAUCCAACGUGUUCCGGACGGUGAUUGCCACAACACCGGAUGAUCUCCUUGCGACGGUAUACCUCUCAGCCAACCGGAUUGCGCCGCCUCAUGAGGGGAUUGAGCUUGGAAUCGGAGAUGCAUCAAUCAUCCGUGCACUUGCAGAGGCAUAUGGACGCAAAGAGGAGCAUGUUAAGAAGAACCUCAAGGAACUGGGUGAUUUGGGGCUUGUGGCGAAAGCAAGCAGGUCGUCACAGAAGAUGAUGUACAAGCCAAAACCACUGACAAUAGCUCGUGUGAUUAGCAUUUUUCGGACAAUUGCAAAGGAAUCAGGCAAAGACAGUCAAGAUAAAAAAAGAAAUCAUAUCAAGGGACUUCUUGUUGCUGCGACUGACUGUGAACCUCAAUACAUUACACGUCUUCUUCAGUCGAAGAUGAGGAUCGGGUUGGCAGAGAAAACUGUGCAAAUGGCUCUUGGGCAAGCUGCUGUAUAUUCUGACAAAAAAUCUUCACCACCAAAAGUUCAAUCACCCUUUGAAGAGGCUGCAACAAUAAUUAAACAAGUAUAUUCAGUUCUUCCAAUCUAUGAUAAAAUUGUCCCAGUGCUACUUGAAGUUGGAGUUUGGAAGCUUCCAGAGACAUGCAAAUUUUCCAUAGGUGUUCCCGUUGGUCCUAUGUUAGCAAAAGCAACAAAAUCUGUCUCGGAGAUCAUUGACAAAUUUCAGGGUCUUGAGUACACUUGUGAGUACAAGUAUGAUGGUGAACGGGCUCAGAUACAUUGCAUGGAGGAUGGAUCAGUAGAGAUUUAUAGUCGGAAUGCUGAAAGAAACACUGGAAAGUAUCCAGAUGUUGUUGAUGCGGUUUCUAGAUUCCGGAAGCCUACAGUCAAAUCGUUUGUCUUGGACUGUGAAAUUGUUGCCUAUGACCGUGAAAAGCAGAAAAUUUUACCUUUUCAGAUACUUAGCACAAGGGCCCGCAAGGGUGUUACCAUAAAUGACAUCAAAGUGUCAGUCUGUACUUUUGGCUUUGAUAUUCUUUACAUAAAUGGGAAACCUCUUCUCCAGGAACAACUCAAAGUUCGUCGAGAGCAUCUUUACAACUCUUUUGAGGAAGUACCAGGCGUUUUUCAAUUUGCAACUGCAAUUACAUCAAAUGACCUGGAGGAGAUACAGAAAUUUCUUGACACAGCUGUCAACUCCAGUUGUGAAGGGUUGAUUAUCAAGACAUUGGAUAAAGAUGCUACAUAUGAGCCAGCAAAGCGAUCAAACAAUUGGUUGAAACUGAAAAAGGACUACAUGGACAGCAUUGGAGACUCUUUGGACUUGGUACCGAUUGCUGCCUUUUUUGGGAGAGGAAAACGAACAGGUGUCUAUGGAUCAUUCCUCCUGGCAUGCUAUGAUGAGCAGAACGAAGAAUAUCAAACGAUAUGCAACAUAGGUACUGGAUUUUCUGAACAACAGCUUGAAGAACGUUCUGCGAGCCUUCGAAGUAAAGUGAUAGAAAAACCAAAGGCAUACUAUAGGUUUGCUGACACAAUGGACCCAGAUGUGUGGUUUGAGCCAUCAGAGGUGUGGGAGGUAAAAGCUGCGGAUUUGAGCAUAAGUCCUGUACAUCGUGCUGCUAAUGGUAUAGUCGAUCCAAAUAAGGGUAUCUCCCUAAGAUUCCCUCGUUUGUUGCGAGUACGUGAUGAUAAAAGCCCAGAAGAAGCGACCUCAUCUGAACAAGUCGCUGACAUGUACCGGGCUCAAAAGAUAAACCACGGAUAUAAUCAGGAGGAUGAGGAUGAUGACUGAUACUGACCCAAUUCUUUGCGUUGGAUGCAUGAAUCAUUGAGGGCAUUGACAAGAGAAUACAUUUGCAGUGGUUUGUUCGUCCUGAUUUGAACAGCAUAGAUAACUUCAGAUUUGUGUAUUCUUUGUGCUGUUGUGUCCUGCUUCGCCUUUUCCUCCCCCCCUCCCCCCUCUUUUCUUUUCGUUCUGUUUUUCCACGAGGGGUCUGUAAGUUUGAUCCUUAUGCUCCAUCAAACUGUUUGGGCCGUAGGGAAUUGGAGAUGUACUAACAUUAACCCAUGAUGUACAUCCAUUAGCGCUAAUGAGCAUUAUUUUUUUAGCUUGAAGAAAGGGGA